GUGGGACGUCCUGAUAGCGUGUGACUGGGCGCCUCUGUUUCGUCACACGCCGAAGAAAACUAUUUCAAAUCCCCCAUGUGUUUUUGUAGGUGGGGAAUGUUGUUACAGGAUAACUGGCUUAAGUGUGUUUAUAUCAUUUUAACAAACUGAAUCAUGCGAAGUAUAAGUGUUUAAAACACAAGAGUUAGCCAACGCAGCGCGGUUUUUAGGUAACGUUACUGGUCAGGGAAGUCUUGUUGGAUAGCAGUAUUGUGGUCUAAACGACUUUCCUCAACCCCCUUCACUGGAGCGCUGGCUAACAUUAGCAGGAUAGCCGCUGCCUCUUCCAUACUUCUGAAGAACAAGGGAAAAUCUGUUUAGGAGAUAUGGCGGAGACUAAAAUCAUUUAUCACAUCGACGAAGAGGAGACUCCGUACUUGGUGAAGAUUCCCAUCGGUGCUGAGAAAAUCACUUUGCUGGAUUUUAAACAGGUCUUGAACAAACCGAACUACAAGUUUUUUUUCAAGUCUAUGGACCAGGACUUCGGGGUUGUGAAGGAGGAGAUCUCAGAUGACAACGCCAAGCUACCCUGCUUCAAUGGCAGGGUUGUGUCCUGGCUGGUGUCCUCAGAUACCCCUGCAGCAGAGCCUCCAGCCCCUCCAGUAGAGGUCCAGCCUCAGCCCUCACCUCCCCCUCCUCCUCUGCCUCCACCUCCAGUUGAGAGGACAGGGGGCAUCGGAGACUCGAGACCCCCUUCCUUCCAUCCCAACACUGCAGGCAGUCUGGAGAGCCUAGAUGAUCAGACAGAGACCGAGUCAGUUGUGUCUUUCAGGAGAGAGAAACCUCGGCCCAGAGAGACCUUAGAGCCACGUGUGUUAGGGCCACGCAUGAAUGGUCAGCCACAUAUAGACAGACACCUGGAUGGAUAUGAGAGUGCGACCACAGUGAUGAGCAGUGAGCUGGAGACCACCAGCUUCUGUGAUUCAGAUGAUGAUGAUACAAUGAGCAGGUUCAGUAGCUCCACUGAGCAAAGCACAGCUUCUAGAUUGCUCAAACGGCAUCGCAGACGCAGAAAACAGCGCCCCAGGAUGGAGAGGGCUUCAUCUUUCAGCAGUGUAACCGAUUCAACCAUGUCCCUAAACAUUAUUACCGUCACUCUUAACAUGGAGAAAUAUAAUUUCUUAGGCAUCAGUAUCGUGGGUCAGAGUAAUGAGAGGGGAGAUGGAGGCAUCUAUAUCGGCUCUAUUAUGAAGGGAGGAGCUGUGGCUGCUGACGGUCGCAUUGAACCUGGAGACAUGCUGCUGCAGGUGAAUGACAUCAACUUUGAGAACAUGAGUAAUGAUGAUGCGGUCAAGGUACUACGUGAGAUUGUGCACAAACCUGGACCCAUCAUACUCACAGUAGCAAAAUGUUGGGACCCCGCUCCUCAAGGAUAUUUCACCUUGCCAUGCAAUGAGCCAAUCCGACCCAUUGAUCCUGCAGCCUGGAUCACCCAUUCUGCAGCUCUGACGGGGGCGUAUCCAUCCUACCCUAGCAGCACAAUCACCUCCAGUUCAUCUGUCACUGAAACCGAGCGCUUUGGUGAAUUUGAUCUGUCUUUGCGCUCUGAUAUGGCAUCAGUUGCUAAGGCCAUGGCAUCUCCAGAAUCCGGAUUGGAGGUCAGAGACAGAAUGUGGCUGAAGAUCACCAUUCCCAACGCUUUCCUGGGUUCCGAUGUUGUUGAGUGGUUGUACCAUCAUAUCGAUGGGUUUCAAGAUAGACGAGAAGCUCGGAAAUAUGCCAGUAACCUACUGAAGGCUGGUUUCAUCAGACACACCGUCAACAAGAUCACCUUCUCCGAACAGUGUUAUUACAUAUUUGGAGACUUUAGCAACUGUGAAAAUUACAUGGCCAAUCUUUCUCUUAACGAUAAUGAUGGCUCCAGUGGUGCUUCGGACCAAGAUACUUUGGCUCCUCUUCCGUUGUCAGGGGCAACACCAUGGCCCCUGCUCCAUUCUUUCCCAUACCAGUACCCUCACCCCUAUACCGCCCAACCACCUCCCUAUCAUGAGCUCUCCAGCUACAGCUAUGGCCCAGGCAGUGCAGGCAGCCAGCACAGUGAAGGCAGUCACAGCAGUGGCUCCACACGCAGUGAUGGAGAGAAGAGAAGGGGCAGUAAAAGUGUGGCGGGUAGUACGGCGGGCAGCAGCACACGUGGCGACAAAUCUCCCGGCGGGGGUGGGGCUGACUCGCGUUCUGGCAGCGGUAGCGAAUCAGACUAUUCUGUUCGCAGCAGUCUGAGGCGCGACCACGGCUCGGCAACGCCUAGUGAACAUAGUCGCUCAAGUCAACGCUCGCUUCAUCGCGCACCACCCACUCACCUUGCCCCGUACCCGCCCGGAAUCCCAAUCUCUUAUAACCCAAUGAUGGUAAUGAUGGUUCCCCAGCAUCCACACCCACAUUUAGCACUUGGAGCCCCGCACCCACAAACACCGACUUUGCCCCACCAUCCUGCCUUUCCACCCUCCAUGACCCCUGGGGGUCCCCCCGGAGCUCCGCCAACCCGAGACCUGGGCUCAGUCCCCCCUGAGCUCACUGCAUCCCGACAGUCUUUCCACUUGGCCAUGGGCAACCCCAGCGAGUUCUUUGUGGAUGUUAUGUGAAGGCAGUGAGGGGGAAAAUGGAAGUUUGUAUGCAUAUGUGAGUGAGUGAACGAGUGAUUGGAAAUCAUGUGAUACAGUAAAGCUCACAAUUGUGAAUGACAGUAUACGUGCAGCUCUCUAGAGUAAGUGUUUGUUUGUACCGGUAGGAACAGGGUUUGUGUAAGGAAAAUUAAGGUUAGGAAGUGUUGCACAGCACAGACUUCAAUAUAUCUACUUAGUCUUUGUGGUAGUAACUGCAACAGGGGGAGUAAAAAGAAUUGGCGUAUUCCUUUUCCAAGUUAUGUUUUUCCUUAAAUUUUUUUUUACAAAAUUGCCUUUGAUUUCGAUCUGUGAGGCCCCUCAUGACUGAAAAUAUUUCUGAUGGGAAAAACAGGUUCACUACAAGCAAGAACUGGCACUGUUGCACAUGGGUUUUAAAAUUAAGCUUACCUAUUGUAAAAACUGUGCAAGCCUUAAAAAAAACAACCUUAAAAAGGAUGCAGUUAGUUGUUUUAAAUAGUUAAUAAGAUUUGUAAAUGAAUUUCUCCAAAUACUCUUUUAAAGUGUACCAAGAAAUUCCAAAAGUUUUUCUUUCGUGUACUAUAAACUGUGUGGUUUAAAGGUAAGUCUUUGUACUGCUGAAUGAAACCAUGGUUUAUGAAAGGGUUCAUCACUUUUGGUGUUAGAAAACAUACAAAGACUUAAAAUUGUACACACAUAGGAAUAUUAACUAUAUACAAAGGUACUUCUCGGAAAGAAUGAGUUGUUUUUGUGAUUGUUGCUUUUUUCAUUCAGUUUUUUUCAUAAUCCUUUUGUUUUUAUAUAUUUACUGGCUAAAGUAUACAGGUGCUACAUAUACAGAUUUCGGAAGGAGUGAAGUGUUUUAAGUGUUAUAUUUUGGAUGUCAAAUACUACCACUUUUGCAUGUUUUCACUCAAAAUAAAUUUGUGAUAGAAUUAA